AUGACUCACCGACGGCAAGGUCUUUCUCGCACCUUGCCGAAAGACUUCACUUUUCCUUCAAUAGGGGAGCCCAGGACUCCGGAACGCAACUCAAUCCAGCUGGACGUUCCGCCGCCGCCCCCGCGCCAUUCUAGUUGUCGUUUGCGCAGGUCCCGUGUGCGCUCAGGGACAGAUGUUUUUGCGCAGGCUGAAUAUGAUCGCAAACUUUUCCACCCUAACCCAUCAGACAUUCCGCUACCGUCCAUUGAAUUUUCUUCUUCGCAUGAUGCGACAGACAUUCAGUCAUGUCUAUCCAUACCCACAAGCAAUGACCGCUUUCUGGCCCCUCCGCGGGAUCGCGUAGCGUUAAAGACCCCACCUGCCCAGAUCCGUGCAGCCCCAGUCGAUCAGUCUACGGAAGAUUGGUCAACGGAUGAUCCUCAGACUAUAGGGGAGACCAUCGAACGCCCUGGCUCUGCCUGUUCUGAUUCUUCAGUCUCGUCGAUUGAAACAUUUUCCUCUCGGCGCUCAAUGGGUGGAAGCUGUACGAGCAUGGAAAGUGAUAGCUUUGACCCAUUUUUCCUUGAAAUUCAACCAAAACAUGUGGAAUCAACUCCAGUGCCCAAGUUCCGGCGGAACAAACCCCCGACUCGAGAACGAUGGACAAGGGAUAUGGACAAUCACUUAUGGAAUACGUAUCAGAUUUACCUCCAGGAUCCUACAAUCACCCCCUUCAAGAUGACACCGGGAAGUAUUCCGCCAUUGGGGGUUACUCACCGAGUCGCGCGAGAGGCAAAGAAGACGUGGGAAAGAAUGCGUUGCAGACUUACCAAACAGCUUCCUUCCACGUCGCAACAAUGUGUAAGCGGUAACUCAACACCAACCCCAAAGACUGACACCCCAAAGAACAUAUGGCCUAAAUCGGAGGCGUCGACCAGGAGGAGAUUAAAAUAUUUGUGCAAGAGGAAGUUCUGUAUUGCGCCUCAUUACCAAAGACUGAUGAUGUCCCGAAGCCCGACACCUGCCUUGGACAUGGUCUCUCGCUCGUCGCGAGAAUCGUCUCAAGCAGAGGCCUCCACAAGUGGCUCGGCAGUUUACGCCACGCGCGAUCUAGGUAUAUCUCUUGUCUCCAGCUCAGUUCCUGGGCCCUUAACACAGUUGGCAAUGGAGGAACCGCCAAAUAGUAACAGUGGCGAAUGGUUCAGUCAGCCCGUACCAUGUAACGUUCCUCAUGGCGCGAUCGACCCAUUCGCAAAUAGACCGUUUAGCUUUGAUGAACGGGAGAUGGCACCCCGACUGGGAUCUCCGUUUACCUAUCACACGUGGGGUCCUAAUAACUCGAGGAAACGAGUCCAACGCCAUACGCCUAGAGCUCGAAGAGAAACAAUCCAUGUUACAGGCUCUCGGUUGCGGUCACCUCCCCGUAUGGACUUAUUCUCAAAUGCGGACAACCAUCAUGUUGCUCGCGAUUCAAUGGCAGCCGUGGAAUCUCCGAGCGAUGAAGAAACACGACAAAACUUAGAGGAGCUCUUCCGACAGGGAAAACUCAAUGACAUUGGCCAGCGUCGCAAUGAUGAGAGCCAUCGCGAGGAAAAGCCCGCUCCUCACCUGCGGAACCUUAGUGGGGAGGCUAUCAAACGACUUGGUUCACCUUUCAAGAUUGACCCACCUAAACGAGCCGGCGACUCGCCGGCCAGAUUUAUCAGGCAUGCACCGUCCCGUUCGGAGCCUUUUGCACGUGGACUUCUGCCUCAGGCCAGACAGACAGCUCAAGUUGGCGGCCAGGGAACGUCGAAUACCCUGCCAUACGAUCCAACUGAACCUGGUCUAUCGGAUGCAGAGCGGAUCCGGAGACAGAUUCUGAACAUGUCUUACUCACGACAAUAA